AUGAGAAAACCUGUGCAUUAUAAAAUAAAAAAGGAAAAAUGUUUACUUAUGUGCAAGGUUUGUUCCAAAGGAUUCGAUAGACCUUCCCUUUUGAAGAGGCAUAUGCGGACCCAUACAGGAGAAAAGCCGCACAUCUGCGAGGUCUGCAACAAAGGUUUCUCGACUUCCAGUUCUUUGAAUACACAUCGUCGUAUUCAUUCCGGCCUGAAACCACAUGCUUGCCAACAAUGCGGAAAGAAGUUUACGGCCAGCUCGAACCUCUAUUACCACAAAAUGACGCAUUCAAAGGUAAAGCCGCAUAAAUGCAUGUUAUGCCCGAAAUCAUUUCCUACUCCUGGAGAUUUGAAAUCUCACAUGUACAUCCAUAAUGGUUCUUGGCCCUUCAAGUGUGACAUCUGUCUAAGAGGAUUCAGCAAAGCUACAAAUUUACGAAAUCAUCUUGUUGUACAUACAGGUUUGAGACAGCACCGUUGCGGUAUUUGCGAAAAGCGAUUCGCUCUUCUCUGCAACUUGAAGGCUCACAUCAAAAUUCAUGUCUCAGACUAUCCAUCAGCUACUGAAGAUCGCGAUCAGUCCAGAAGCGAAUGUCAUCGUCAGGAAAAGCACAAUAUACGAAGUAUUCUCGACACUUUUCAAGCCGACUGUAUUUUUAAUUAUCAAAUACUACAACAAGUUUUGUAUCAAAAUUCUACCCCAUUUACUUCAUACCCGGCACUUGGUGAUUAUGGAACAUUCCGGAUUUUAUAAAAAAAGUAUAUUAAUUAACUGUUCAAAGAAUCAAAAAUUAUUCUAUUGUUAACUGAUAUCAAAAUUGUGAUGGGGAUAUUUGAAUGUAAAUUAGC